UUUGUGUUCAAACAAACUAAACAAUAUAUUCAAAAUCCUCUGCCGAAAAUUAAAUAUUUUACACCUUUUAAUUUUUAAUUUUCCUUGUGUGAGAGAUCUGCACGUUAUCAAUUUUCGUCCAAGAUGCCGGCCACCAAGGUAUUGUUAUUCAAGCGCUACAUUCGAAUCGAGCUAAAUCUGUGGAGGCGCUCACUCUUCGAGGCCAUCACCCUGGUGAUCAUGGUCCUGGUGAUCCUGCUCAAUCCCAUCGCCCACUCUAAGAGACUUCUCUACAUGAGCAACGAGAACGAAAACGAACAGAGCAUCGUAUCGCACAAGCUUCAGGAUAUCAACAUAUUGACACGAAUGGCGGACUCGAAGCGGGAGAAGACCAAGUUUAGUCUGGCCUACACGCCCAAAACACCGUUCGUAACGGAAGUGACCAAAAAAGUGGCCAAGACGCUGGAACUGAACUCCACGGUGGGCUACGGAAGCGAGGCCGACAUGCAGGAUCAGUUCGACGAGCGGACGACGCUGGCGGGGAUCGUGUUCCAUAAUGUGAACGGUGAGGGCACUCCCUCGACGCUAUCCGUUUCGAUCCGAUUCCCCAGCGAAUUCCGCACCAUCGCUCCGUUCCUCACCGAAGAUCGCCUGUGGAUAACCCGCUGCUCGGGACGGAUUAAUCCGGGACGGGAUCGGGUGAAGCACGACAAGCAGCAGGACAUAUAUAUACGCGAGGGAUUUCUGCAGCUGCAGCAUCAGAUCUUCGUGGAGUGGUACCAUCGUUUGCGAAUCGAAUUUGAAACCAACUUUCCCGAACCGAAUGUGGAGGUCUACAACAUCCUGCUGAAGGUCUCCGACGAACCCUGCUCCGUGAUGAGUCUGGCCCGGCUGCCCACAUUCUUGUACAAUUUCAUAUACCUACUGCCCUUUCUCAAUGUUAUCAGAAACGUAGCUGCCCAGGUGGAGGAUGGCGUAAUGGUGCAUCAGUGGCAUUAUGGGUACUCGUUUGGCAUGCAAUGGGGUUUCAAGUUUCUGGUGCUUUUCCUGAGAAUGUGCAUUUUAAGUGCCAUAUUUGUGGUAAUGAUGUUGGCAUUUUGGGCCUUUGGUGGGCGUGACGGUGAGUUUUCCGGCAAGGGAACGAUAGCCUUUGUCUGCUUCGUCAUUGUGUACACCGUUGAGAUCGUUAUCACCGGAAUGGUGGUGGCGAAACUAUUUGCCAAUCCCACCAAUGCCGUCCUUUUCGCCUUGGUGCUGUGGCUCUUCAUGUACGCGGCAUUCUGUAUUAUACUGGAACAUUACUGGGACAUCCACAAGUACUAUGUGUUCUUCAUCCUGGUGGCCUUCUGCAACUGUCAGAUGCACUUCAGCAUGAGUCUGUUCAGGAAUUGUAUCGAAGACCCGGACAGUGUGCAGACCAUUGAUUUCGUAGUGAUCUUCACGGCGGCCAUUAGUUCGGCCUUGAUUUAUUUCCUGGUUCUACUGGCGAUACAGUGGCGGAUGCCGGGCACAUUCCUCAGUCGACGAAUAGUGAACAACAGGCCGCGGAAACAAAGGGAGACGGAUGUGCCCAUUUUGUAUUUGGGUAGGGCUCCGAGCUUCCAGAACUUCGAAUUCGGGGAUGUGGGCAGCGUGGAGCUGAUGCGAUUGCGUCAUGUCAGCACCACACAUCGCGAUUCGGAGCGAAAGAUCCUGAAGAACAUAUCCAUGCGGAUCUAUCGUGGCGAGGUGUACGUGAUCCUCGGACAUGUCGGUUCCGGUAAGCUCACCCUGCUGAGGAUCCUGGCCGGACUCAAGUUUCCCCUACGCGGCAGUGUGUCCAUUUUGGGCAAGCCCUUUGUACCCAAUGGUGAACUCCGUCGCAUGAUUGACUUUCGGUUCGAUGAGCACGGACUGAAUAAGCACUUGACCGUGGAGCAGACCAUCGACUAUCAUGUGCGUUUGAAACUGCCGCCCAGCGAAUCCGAUCGCUACGAAAUCGAGAGGCGCAAGUGGCUGGCCAUACUCGAUCAGCAUGUGGAGAGUCGAAGGACACGGAUCGGAAGACUGAGUUCGGGCUCCUUGAAAUUGGUGGGACUAUGUUGUUGCCUGGCCGGAGAUACGCGCAUCAUUAUCCUGGAGGAGCCAACCCUCAAUCUGACGGGACGCGAGGCGCAGGUCUUUUGGUCGAUCGUCAAUGCGGAGAAGGGCAACCGGGCCUUCAUCAUAUCCACCUACAGUGUGGGCGAGGCGGAGCAUGUGGCCGAUCGCAUCGGAAUCCUCAGCAUGGGCGUCCUGGAGGCCAGUGGCACACCUUUCUUUUUGCGGGCCAAGUUCAGCAGCAGUGUGGAUCUGGUCAUUAUUAAAAAGCCACAUGUGCCCGAUCAGCCAAUCACGGACUUCAUCAACCAGUUUAUGAUUAACAUUGAGCCGGAAAAUGAGAUUGGUGAUAGUCUGACAUACAGACUGCCGGUACUCUUCCGUCCACGUCUCCAGAAAUUAUUGAUUCAUCUGGAAAUCGAUCGCAAGAUGCUGGGCAUCGAAAAUGUGAGAGUGGUGGGUGCGGAACUCUCCGAUAUUUAUAUGAAGCUGGUCACCUCCUUUCGACUGCAGCAACAGAUGAUUCCGGAUGUCACCCAAACAUUCAAGUACCAGGUGGUGUCGCAGAAGCAACUGUCCAGGCAGCGGAUGCGGGCAAUGUUCUACAAGAAGAUGAUUCACACCGCACCGAAUGUCUGGCCCAUAAUCAUGAUCUUCACCAGCUUUAUUCUGAUCGCCAUCGUCGCCCGUCUUUCGGUGCUGCUCGAUAUGCCGAAAGAGCGCCAGAACUCGAUUGCCAUUGGCUUCAUGGAUCCGACGGAUGUGUCCAAGAGCAUACCAAAUCUGAAGGAUUGCGGCUACAUCGACAUCCGGGCGGCCAUAAAGGUGUCAAAGAAAAAGCGAGUCGAUGUCUCCAGGACCUUUGAUGACAAAUCGUUUGCCUGCGAAAAGGGUAGCUAUCGGAAUGAUUUGAGAAAGAAAAGCGAACUGAAAAGUUUUGGGGCGGUGGAGGCGGAUGGGGACCAGAAUCUCAACGGCUAUAUAAGCCAGGAUAUCUUUCACUCGGCUCCCAUGAUGCUCAAUCUGCUGCACAAUGUCAUUCUAAGACUUUCGUAUCCGGAGCGGGAGAACAUAGUCACCCUGGUGGAGAAUCAUCCGCUGCCCACGCAGCUGUCGCGAAAGAUCAAUCUGCUGGACAACAAGAUCGCCCACAUCCAUGCCCCACUGGCCAUCGGUUGCAUCCUGCCGCUGACCGUGUCCGUUUUCGUGAUCCCUUUGGUGGAGGAGGAGAUAUACAAUGUACGAUUCCUGCAGCACAUGGCCGGACUGGGACUGAAGGUCUUCUGGGGGAUCAAUCUGUUUUGGGAUUGGUUCACCUUCUUCAUCUACUCGAUCAUCAUCGUGGUGAUCAUGGGUCUGAUGGGCGUCGGCGGCUUUGGAUUCUAUGAGAAUGCCAUUCUGGUGCUCCUGCUGACCAUCUUUGGACUGGCUGCUCUGCCGCUCACCUAUCUGGUGUCCAUGUUUGUGUACAAAUCGAUUGUACGGGCUUUUCUGGUAUCCGUACUCCUGCAGGGAGUGUCCGGCCUGGUGCUCUACAUCAUCUACUGGGACGUGGCAAACAGCAAUACGAUCUUCUUUUACGGCGCCUGCAUAUCCCCGGGAUUCUCCCUGCUGGACGGAGUUAGCAAUGUGUAUACCCAGUGUCUGGAGCUGGCCAUCUGCAAUGCCAAGUGCCAGGCCCACGCCACCUGCACGCCGGACAACAUGCACGAGGUGGUGCCCAAUUGCCGUUUUGACACCCAUUUCAAAUGGGCUUCUCCGGGCAUUUUGCCCGCCAUUGUCUACAUGAUAUUGUCCGCUCUAAUUUCCUUGAUGCUGAUUUUCUGGAUUGAGCUGCACCGCAGGGAGAAGAAGUUCCAUUCCCCCAGAGAUCUGCGUAAGAUGAGGACCGCCACUUACCCCUUCGACGAUGGCGAUGUGGCGGACGUGAAGCUAAAGAUCGCCGAGGCGGAUAAUACCAAGGCCAAACAGUCGGUGUUCUUGGUGGAUCAGGUGGAGGCCAAGGUACCAGCUGCGGGCAAAAGGAUCAACACUGUCUCCUUUGCCCUAAAUAAAUACAUGAGCAUGGGCAUUUUUGGGCCCCGUAACUGCGGCAAGAGCCAUUUGAUGCGACAAUUGGUGGGCGAGGAGGGAUUCGCCUUUGGCGAGAUCUUCGUGCGGGGAUUGGACUUCAAGUACGAUCUGGAGAGCAUCCACACCUACAUGGGCUACAGUCCGCAGCACCGCGGCCUGCUCAAUGAGCUCACUCCGCGGGAGCACAUCCGGCUGUUGUGCAUGAUCCGCGGUGUUCCGGAGGCAAAGAUCGGCGAGAAGAUGCACGACUUGUGCCUGAUGCUCAACAUGACCGGUUGGAUGCAUCGCAAGUGCAGUUUGCUGACGGCGGAGAAGCGGCACAAGUUGAAAAUAGCAUUGGCAUUGGUCGCCUACAAUAAGAUACUCGUUUUGGAUGAGCCCACUUGCGGGAUGCCGGCAACCACGAGGCGGGAAAUCUGGAAUAUCCUCCGAUACAUACGAUACUGCGGAAAGACCAUCAUUUUCGCCACCAACGAUGAGAUGGAGUGCAAGAUCCUGGCGGACUUUAUUAUCCUAUUCCAGGACAGCGAGAUGUUGGCGAUCGGCAGUCUGCAGUACUUGCGAUACAAGUAUAGCCAUGGAUUCUACCUGGAGGUGCGCCUCAUCCGCGAUGGCGAAACCCUCGCGGAAUCCGAGGAGAAUUUGCGUAAGGAUGUGGACAAUCUGGCCAAGUUUGUCAACUUCUUGCACAAUAGAUCCGAACUGGUGGGUCGUCUGAACAACUGGUUCAAGUUCUACGUGCCCGUGGGUCACAUCGUGUAUUCCUUUCUAUAUGGCGCCAUGGAGAAGAACAAGCUGCGCCUGAACGUGAGCGACUACUGCAUCUACCAGGCGGACAUGAUCAAUGUGGUGGCCCAGGUGCAGGAGACGCGGGCCCAGUUGAAGUACCAUCUCGUCCAGACGGAGGGUCCGCUGCCUCUGGACACCACGGUCACCAAAAAGACCCCUCAGCCCAAGGUCAAGGGCAAGAAGUAAUGCCGUGCCAUUUUCUGGGUAGGGGGCCCACUUUAUCGCUGUGUUUAUUUUAUAUGUACAUUAUAUGUUUCUAAACAGUGUUGCGAAACUAA